UGCUUCUCCACGAGAACACACAUGGCUCUCUUACGAAAAAUUAAUCAGGUCUUGCUGUUCCUUCUGAUUGUGACUCUCUGCAUGAUUCUGUAUAAGAAGGUUCAUAAGGGAUCUGUGCUCAAGGCAGAAACAGAGGAUGACUCAGAGACUCCUGAGGAAGUGGAAGAGGAAAUCCCUGUGGUGAUUUGUGCAGCAGCUGGGAGAAUGGGUGCUACCAUGGCUGCCAUCAACAGCAUCUACAGCAACACAGAUGCCAACAUCUUGUUCUAUGUAGUUGGACUCCGGAACACUCUAUCUCGAAUACGAAAAUGGAUUGAACAUUCAAAACUGAGAGAAAUCAACUUUAAAAUUGUGGAAUUCAACCCCAUGGUCCUCAAAGGGAAGAUCAGACCCGAUUCCUCAAGGCCCGAAUUGCUCCAGCCUCUGAAUUUUGUUCGCUUCUAUCUUCCUCUGCUCAUCCACCAACAUGAGAAAGUCAUCUAUGUGGACGAUGAUGUCAUUGUACAAGGUGAUAUCCAAGAGCUGUAUGACACCACCCUGGCGCUGGGCCACGCUGCAGCGUUUUCUGACGACUGUGAUUUGCCCAUCGCUCAGGACAUAACCAGACUAGUGGGCCUACAGAACACAUACAUGGGCUAUCUGGAUUACCGGAAGAAGGCCAUAAAAGACCUCGGUAUCAGCCCCAGCACCUGCUCUUUCAAUCCUGGCGUGAUUGUCGCCAACAUGACAGAGUGGAAGCACCAGCGAAUCACCAAACAGCUGGAGAAGUGGAUGCAGAAAAACGUGGAGGAAAACCUCUACAGCAGCUCCCUGGGUGGAGGCGUGGCCACGUCCCCCAUGCUGAUUGUGUUUCACGGGAAGUAUUCCUCAAUCAACCCCUUGUGGCACAUAAGGCACCUGGGCUGGAAUCCCGAUGCCAGAUAUUCGGAGCACUUUCUGCAGGAAGCUAAAUUACUCCACUGGAACGGGAGACAUAAGCCGUGGGAUUUCCCGAGUGUUCACAAUGACUUAUGGGAGAGCUGGUUUGUGCCCGACCCCGCAGGAAUAUUCAGACUCCACCACCAGGAGAGAUGAGGCGACUCGACAUGUUUAAUGUUUCCUGAAUAAAAACGUGGACUUGACCAUCGGGCCUCUUGUAACAUUG